AUGAAGCUUUUUAAUAAUUCAUGCGAAUUCCCAUAUUCUUGGGAUAAAGUGACUAGUGCCAAUUGGCGUAAAUAUCCAAAUGAAAUGUCCACCCAUGUUAAGGCUGUGGAUGUUCUUCAAAGAAAAAUAAAUGAAGAUGGAACCAAGUUAAUAAGCGAGAGAUUAAUUACAGUCAAACAAGGUGUUCCUCAGUGGGUCAUGAUGUUAGUGGGCUCCGAUAACACCUCAUAUAUUCGUGAGAUCUCCGUAGUGGAUUUAAAUACCAAAACAUUAACUAUGGAAAGUUCUAAUUUGACUGGUUGUAACAUUUUGAAAGUAUUCGAAACAGUUAGAUAUUCUCCACAUCCACAGGAUCCUUUAAAUAAAACUCUGUUCGAACAAGAAGCCCAGAUUACCGCUUAUUUUACGUUUUCUAAGAUGUGUGCAAAGAUUGAAGAUUGGUCCGUUCAAAGAUUUCAUGAUAAUGCAAUGAAGGGAAGAAAAGGUUUUGAAGGUGUGCUAAACUUAUUAUUUAAUAAUGGCGAUUACCAAAAACAACAUCAGCCACAACAACAACAACAACAACAACUUUUGUAA